CAAAUUAGUUUUGCCUUGGGUAUAGAGGAAUGGUGUCGUGUUUUAUGAAAAGUUUUAAAUUGCACACGUUUCACCACGAAACAAAACUUCAGUUUUAAAUUUACGAAUAUUUUUGUGAAAUAAUUUUAUAAAAUAUCGUACCGUAGAAAAUAUUGACUCAGAAAUACUUUGUAAGAAUUGUUAUUCUCUUACAAAAGUUUAAAAAUGACAUACAAAAAAGUUAUAUUAUUUUGGAUGGCCGCUGUUUUAAUUAUUAGAAUUGAGGCUUUGAAAGAACAUUGCAAUAAACAAGAGGAUCUACUUCAGAGGUGUUCUAUGGCGCUGCCGGUACUUAGUUCCCCAGAAAUAUCCUUCGCCCUCACAAGAGAAGAACUGGACAAAAGUUGCAUAGAACUUCGUGCGGGAAUCAAAUGUAUAGACAACUACACAGAAGUUUGUAUGGAGAAGAGCGAACAAGUCGUGUUUAGGCGGAUGUACGCCGGGAUAACUGAUGUGGUUCAAGAGCUUUGUACACGCGGCACAUAUCAGGAUGAGUACCUGAGACAUGCUGAUUGCGUGAAGAAGGUGCGACCUGAGUAUGAAACUUGUAGCAAGAAUUAUGAGGUGACUUUGACGUCACUCGGCAACCAGUACGAGACUGAUAGUGGAAGCCAUGAGGACCUGCGAACUAUGUGCUGCUCGUUCCAAGAAUACCUCCAGUGUUCCGAGCGGACGGUUCAGAGGUCGUGUGGAGACGAUGCUGCCUUGUUCACCAGCGCAUUCCUCAAGAGAAUGGCAUCUAAUAUCAUAAAGAACUUCUGUCUGGAAUAUCGCGGACAAGAGUGCGGUGUAACGGACAGCGGAACUUCAAACCAGCUCAGCCUAGUUCUACUCAGUGUAACAAUGAUAUUUCCAUUCGUGUCGGCCCUUGUGCCUGCGUAAUGCAAUCGGCGUACGUACGGAAUCGAAUUUUUAAUUACUAACUUAGUAAUUAGUGAAGAACUUCGAGUUGAUGCAUUCACUGAAGUGUGAACAAUUUAUGGAUGGUGAAACUUCGCCUUUUUGCGAUGCAAGCGUCGUAGUUCAUGUUACCUGGUAAUUAUAAGUUAUUAGAUAAAUGUAUUUCCAGUCUCAAGAACUCGUAUGAGACUUCGAUAGUUAUGCAAGGUACUUUUUCAAAAUCCUUACAAUAAUGGUCUGCGCACAGCUCAAUCGUCUGACAUGAAAACUAUUCAAUUGAUGUGUGUACGUCUGUUUUGUAUCAAAUUACGCUAAUUGAGUGCUGUUAUUUUUUAAUUAAUUCAACUUCAUUAUAAUUCACAAUUCGAAAAUUAUAGUCUUGAAUCUCAUUUGUAUUUUUAAAUCUGUUUCGUCAGCUAUCAGGACAAACAUAUUUAUAUAUCUGUAUCAUUGAUAUUUACCUUCAAUAUACCUUAUUGCCGGGAAUUGAAUCUACAGUGUAAACCCUAUAUAACGGCACUGAAGGGAUUCUGCAUUGUAUGGGGUUUUAGAGUUGUCGUUAAAUGGAGAGAAGAUCUAGAUAUGUACCUACGUAUAGGUAAUCCAUGACUCCUACUUAUUAGUCCUGGUCCAUAACAGUCUACACGUGCAAGCAAUCGCAAUUUGUAAACAAAGCCAAUUGAUUUCGAGGCUUUCGGGAGUUCGUCGUUAAAUCGAGGGACGUUACAUGGAGUAUACACUGUAUUUACUUACCAUGUUCAGGCGGCAUAUAAUGUUAAAAACAAAAAGUAAUGUCAGAUAAUUAGUUCACUUGUUAGUCCGUUUAUAAUGUUUCUAAAGAAAUAAGUUUUAACUCACUUUAAAUAUCAUAUUUUUUAAUAUUUAAGGUUGGUAGAAAUAUAUCGUAGGCCAAAGACUGCGAAUAGAAUUCGUAAAACUUAAAAAAGGCAUUUAGUUAAGUUUAAUAAUGUAUAGUAUUGUUCCUAGUAUUAUAACAUACGUAGCUAAUAUCUGUGUAUAAGCGUAUUCUACUAGACUCUGAGGUAUAAGUUUCUAGUACAGUUCUCAAUCAUCCCGAAGAGUUCUUAUAUCAGCUAAUUGUUUACAAAUCUAUCGGAAACUUACAAAUAUAUAUUUCUUGUUGUGAAUAAAAUUUACUUUUUUUAUGUUCUCCCUAUAUCUAUUCUAAUACAACUUCAGCAAUCUAGCAUAUUAUAUACUUAGAGUUAUAAGUCAUUAUCUUGCAAAAUUUGUCUUUACAUUAAAUUCUAGGUCUUUAAAUAAUUAUAUUUAUUUAAAAAAAAUAUAUUACGCACAUUUAAUUCUAACGUCAAUGUAACGAUCAUUAUAACUGUAAUAAUUAUAAUAUUACAUAUUAGUUUUUAAAACAUUUUAAUAACAAAUACAUCUUUAUUUAAAUUUUCAAAUUCAUUUCACGAUGACCAUGCAUCAUUACGACAUGUUAAAAUCGUAAUUUUUUGUUUUAAAAGCUUUUAGAAUAAACGUUAUAUCGUGGUUUAUUUAAAUAUCUGUUAUUAUGCAUAUAUUAUGUGUCAG